ACGCGAUUUAAAAGGCCGAGGACGCCAUUUCGCCGUGAGAUUCAAACGUGUGUGCAAGCUUUGGGUGAGGCGAGGAAAAAAGGACGAUGUACGCUUUUGAUUAGAUUUUGUGCCGAGCGAGUGGUUAUUUUUUGAUUAAGGCAAGAUGACGCUAAACAGAAGAGUCCUGAAGCGGGUGCACUCUCCCAUGAAGUCACCCAAACGCAACAACACCUCCUUGCGCAAAAAGGCCCUCAUUAAACAGUGGAAUAGUGAAGUGCAGUUUGGAAAUGCCUCAAAAGCCAAUCUGAAGGUGGUGGUUCGUGUGCGACCACAAAAUGCAAAAGAGCUUGACUGCAAUGCAAGAUGUAUCGUAAAACUAGUUGAUGACCAUAUGAUGGUCUUUGACCCAAAAGAGGAAGAUGAAGAGUUUUUCUUCCGGGGAGUGCGACAGAGGACCAGAGAUUUAAAUAAGAGACAACACAAGGAGCAGAAAUUUGUCUUUGAACGUGUCUUUGGGGAGGAUUCUACUAAUGAGCAAAUUUAUGAGGAAACAACCAAAGAUCUUGUUGAUACUCUCCUGAAUGGAUAUAAUUGUUCAGUGUUUGCCUAUGGUGCAACUGGGGCUGGAAAAACCUUCACAAUGCUUGGAAAGCCAGAUAGCCCUGGCAUCACCUUUCUUACCUUGAUGGAGUUGUACCGUCGCAUAGAAGAAAUCAAGGAGGAGAAGACAUGCGAAGUUGGAAUAUCAUACCUGGAGGUCUAUAAUGAGACUGUGAGGGACCUCCUGAAUCCUGGGAAAGCCCUCAACGUACAGGAGACAGGUCAGCACGUCCAGGUCCAGGGACUGUCAUUCCACAAACCCAGAGAUGCCGAUAACCUUAUGCAGAUGCUGGCUUGUGGGAAUCAAAACCGGUCCCAACACCCAACCGAUGCUAAUGCUGAAUCGUCUAGGUCGCAUGCAGUGUUUCAA